AUGGAUAUCCGACGGAGACCUCCCAAACCGUCCGUUAAUCCCAACGAUGACGAUAAGAUUGCUCCUCCCAAAGCCUCCGACGCGCUUCCCCUCCCUCUCUACCUAACCAACGCCUUCUUCUUCACCCUCUUCUUCUCCGUCGCCUACUACCUCCUCCUCCGCUGGCGCGACAAGAUCCGUCACAACACCCCUCUCCACGUCAUCACCGUCACCGAACUCUCCGCUCUCCUCGCCUUAAUCGCAUCCUUCAUCUACCUCCUCGGCUUCUUCGGCAUCGACUUCGUCCAAUCAUCACGCGCCGACUCCAACGACGCCGAUACUAAUAAUAAUAACGAUUACGAAGACCACCGCCUCGUCACGUGCCCUCCUAGUGGCGGACGUAAGUUUGUAGUAACAGAUCCUCCACCACCGGUCGUCACCGCCGCUAAAUCCGAUCCACCGCUUCCUGAUGAAGACGAGGAGAUAGUGAAAUCCGUCCUCAACGGCGUGAUCCCUUCUUACUCCCUCGAAUCUCGUCUCGGAGACUGCAAGAGAGCGGCGGCGAUACGACGCGAGGCGUUGGAGAGGUUAACCGGGAGAUCGGUGGAAGGGUUACCGUUGGAUGGGUUUGAUUACGAGUCGAUAUUGGGGCAAUGCUGCGAGAUGCCUGUUGGGUACGUGCAGAUACCUGUGGGAAUCGCUGGGCCUUUGUUGCUUGAUGGGCUUGAGUACUCUGUUCCGAUGGCUACUACGGAAGGGUGUUUGGUCGCGAGUACUAAUAGAGGGUGUAAGGCUAUGUAUGUGUCUGGUGGCGCCACGUGUACGGUGGUUAAAGAUGGGAUGACGAGAGCGCCUGUGGUUAGGUUUGGGUCUGCGAGGAGAGCGGCGGAGCUUAAGUUUUUCUUGGAGGAUCCUGAGAAUUUUGACACGUUGGCUGUUGUGUUUAACAGGUCGAGUAGAUUCGCGAGGCUGCAGAGUGUGAAGUGUACACUUGCGGGGAAGAAUGCUUACGUGAGGUUUAGUUGUAGCACUGGUGAUGCUAUGGGGAUGAAUAUGGUAUCCAAAGGUGUUCAAAAUGUUCUUGAGUUUCUCACUGAUGAUUUUCCUGACAUGGAUGUGAUUGGAAUCUCUGGUAAUUUUUGUUCGGAUAAGAAACCAGCUGCUGUGAACUGGAUAGAGGGACGUGGCAAAUCAGUGGUUUGUGAGGCGGUGAUAAGAGGAGAGAUUGUUAACAAGGUGUUGAAAACGAGCGUGGCUGCUCUGGUGGAGCUUAACAUGCUCAAGAACUUGACUGGCUCUGCUGUUGCAGGGUCUCUAGGUGGAUUCAACGCUCACGCUAGCAACAUAGUCUCUGCUGUAUUCAUAGCUACUGGUCAAGAUCCAGCUCAAAACGUGGAGAGCUCUCAAUGCAUCACAAUGAUGGAAGCCAUUAAUGAUGGGGAAGACAUCCAUGUCUCUGUCACUAUGCCAUCUAUUGAGGUGGGGACAGUGGGAGGAGGAACACAGCUUGCGUCUCAAUCAGCGUGUUUAAAUCUUCUAGGAGUUAAAGGAGCGAACAUGGAGUCACCAGGGAUGAACUCAAGGAGGUUAGCGACUAUAGUGGCGGGAGCAGUUUUGGCAGGAGAGUUGUCUUUAAUGUCAGCAAUAGCAGCUGGACAACUUGUGAAGAGUCACAUGAAGUAUAAUAGAUCCAGCAGAGACAUAUCUGGAGCAACGACAACAACAUGAUCUGAGUCAUCAUUAUCACCAUUUGUGUGUGUGGCCAAAACUUGAAGAAAGGACAAAAAAUCUAAAGAAGGGCAGCUUUUACAACUCAUUCACUCAUAACUCCCUGGUGGACAUGUGGGUUGUGCAUUGCCUUCUUUUGUUUAAUAAAAGCUUAAUUGUUUUAUUUUGUUUUGACUUGAAACUUCUUUUUGGGGAUUAAGGGUGUGAGAGAGAGAACAUCUUUUCUUCUUUUGUCUCUCACUCAUGGAUAAUUCAUGUUCUUCUUUGAUAUAUGUCUAAUCUUUGUCUUGUGUUUGUUAGGAAAUGGUGUUUAUAUGAUAAUGUAUGGAGUUCCGUUUUGGGGACAUGAACACUCAGAUUUUUCUCAGUUUGUUUCAUUUUCAUUUAUAUGAACUGCAUGUGUGUUGGGAC